ACUACUGAGUCAGACUGUUGCUGUUCUUCCUCUUAUCUGCUGCUCACAGCAAAACAACAUGGUUAACUGACUGACCGGGAACUUAAGGGAAACAAGGCCCUUCUCUCUGCUGAGUCACAGAGUUGGUGAAAUGGCCUUCCGGAGAUCGCCCUCCUCUACCUGUGCAGAGUCAUGGCUUAAUGGUGCAAGCUUCAGGCGGGUGGCCACAGUACUCAGCGAAUCCUCCUCAAUCCACAGUGAUGCGCUGUACUACCUGACCAAGGACAUGUCUGGGAUUGGACUGGACCCCAUGCCCUACAGCACUGUGGAGCCUGUACCUUAUAGAGAGGAACCAAUGGCUGAGGAAUCACAGAAGUUGCUACAGCGCAACAGCAUGCAGGUUUCCCCGAGUGAAGACAAGAUCCCUGUCAUGGGAUCGGCCUCAGGAUGUAAUGCCGCUGUUGGAGAAGGCCUUUACUUCAGUGAUGGCCGACGAAAAAUCGACUAUGUCUUGGUCUUUCAUCAUCGACGGCACAGCUCCAUACGAUCUCCUGCUAGUGCUUCGGUUUCACAAGACCGGUUAUCUAUUGUUUCUAAUGGCAACUUUCCUUCAAUGGCGGCCUCAGAUGCGGGAACAGGUGGAGGUGGUGCUGGCAUUCCAGGAGGGGAGGCUGCAGGUGUCAGCGAGGUGUUCAUGGAGCUUGGAGGUGCAGGAGAUGGCGAGCCAGUGGAGCCUGGUGACCAUGAGAUGCGUCUAAUCAGGCAGGAGUUUGAAGCGAACCUGCUAGAGGCUGGUUUAGAGAUCGAGAGAGACAGAGAGUUAAAGACCCAUGGCCCCAGCUUCACUCGGCUCCAUGCACCAUGGCCAGUAUUAUGUCGAGAGGCGGAGUUUCUCAAGAUCAAAGUCCCCACCAAGACGAGUUAUGAGCUUAAAGAAGAAAGUGGUUUCGGCUCCAGCAUGAGCUCAGUGUGGAGGACGCUGAACAAGCCUUUCCAGCCCAAAGUACCACAUCAAGAUCACGGACGCACAAAAUUUCUUUCACACUGCUUCACCAGGGACAAGCUGCACUUGUAUAACAUCACAUCUAAAGAGACUUUCUUUGACAAUACUACAAGGAGCAGAAUAGUUUAUGAGAUCCUGAGACGGACGGUGUGUGUGCGAACCUGUCAAACCAUAGGCAUCAGCACAUUGAUAGCUAAAGGCGUGUAUGACGCUGCCUUCCCUCUUCACGAUGGUGACUUCAAGGUCAUUGGACACCUCGAGGAGAGGAACGACAGACAGGUUCUGCACGAAGAGUGGGCUAGAUACUCAGCCUUCUACAAGUACCAGCCCAUUGAUCUAAUCAGGAAGUACUUUGGGGAGAAGAUUGGCCUUUACUUUGCAUGGCUUGGUGUUUACACCCAGCUGCUCGUACUAGCCUCCAUAGUGGGUAUCAUUGUGUUUGGCUAUGGAGUGGCAACGAUGGAAACAAAUAUACCAAGUCUGGAGAUGUGUGACCAGCAUCUCAAUUUCACUAUGUGUCCUCUGUGUGACGGAGCAUGCGACUACUGGCAUCUCAGCACUGCUUGUGGCACCGCCAAAGCUUCACACCUCUUUGAUAACCCCGCCACUGUCUUCUUUGCCAUCUUCAUGUCUCUGUGGGCGGUGCUAUUUCUGGAGCAGUGGAAGCGACGUCAGAUCAGUUUGAGCUUCAGCUGGGACUUGACAGGCAUCGAGGAGGACGAGGAACACCCAAGGCCAAGAUAUGAGACCAUCCUUCUUCAGAAAAGACAGAGGAUGCAAAAGAAUAAGAAAAAGAAGAAGAAGAAUGAGCCUCCCACAGAUAAGCUGACCUGGAAAGAUCGUCUUCCUGGAUACUUCAUCAAUGUAUCUGCUAUCCUCUUCAUGUUUGGGCUGACCUUCUCUGCAGUUUUCGGUGUCAUCAUCUACCGCAUCACAGUGUCGGCCCUCAUGGCAAUGAGCCCCGACCCGGAGAUAAAGGCCAACGUUCGGGUGACGGUCACUGCCACUGCGGUCAUCAUCAACCUCGUGGUCAUCCUGAUUCUGGACGAAAUCUACGGCACUGUGGCUUUGUGGUUAACUGAGCUAGAGAUUCCUAAAACAGAAACCAACUUUGAAGAACGUCUCAUCCUGAAAGCCUUCUUACUCAAGUUUAUGAAUGCAUACGCGCCCAUCUUUUACGUGGCUUUCUUCAAGGGACGGUUUGCAGGUCACCCUGGAAGCUACGUGUAUGUCUUUAACCAUUAUCGGAUGGAGGAGUGUGCUCCAGGAGGGUGCCUCAUCGAGUUGUGCAUUCAGCUCAGCAUCAUCAUGUUGGGGAAGCAGCUAAUCCAGAACAACAUCUUUGAAAUUGGCAUUCCGAAGUUGAAGAAACUGGUCCGCACAUUAAAGGAUAAAGAAUCAGCACCAAAGGAGCGGGAGGAAGAGAAGCCACAUCAGUGGAACCUGGACUACGCCCUGGCUCCCUUUGAAGGCCUCACACCAGAAUACAUGGAGAUGAUCAUCCAGUUUGGUUUCGUCUCUCUGUUCGUGGCUUCUUUCCCGCUGGCUCCUCUCUUUGCUCUGCUAAACAACAUCAUCGAGAUCAGAUUGGAUGCAAAGAAGUUUGUUACAGAGCUACGCAGGCCAGUGGCUGCACGAGCUAAAGACAUUGGCAUAUGGUACAACAUACUAAGUGGAAUGGGGAAGUUCUCAGUCAUUAUAAAUGCCUUUGUGAUCUCCUUCACAUCUGACUUCAUCCCCAGGCUUGUCUACCAGUACAUGUACAGUCAGACAGGCACCAUGCACGGCUUCAUUGAUCACACACUCUCCUACUUCAACGUGUCUGAUUUUAAACCGGGCACGUCACCGCAGAACUCCGCGCACGAAAACAUUACUUACUGCCGGUUUAAGGACUACAGGGAACCCCCGUGGUCUCCAGAUGCGUACCACUUCUCCAAACAGUACUGGUGUGUCCUGGCUGCAAGGCUCACCUUCGUCAUACUGUUCCAGAACUUGGUGAUGUUCCUCAGCCUCGUGGUUGCCUGGGUGAUUCCCGAUGUUCCCAAAACCAUAGUGGAGCAACUCAAAAGGGAGAAGAAGCUCCUGGUAGAUGUCUUUUUACAGGAGGAGAAGGAGAAAUUCCAGCUCAUCCAGAGCCUGUUUGCCAAGGAUGCCACCAUCCACCCCAGCAGCCAGACGCCCCCCACAGGGCAGGAUCUGCCCAUCCCGGGCCGCUACAGUACUUUACCCCCGGGCCCCACAGCUGGAGAUGGAGGAGGAGGUCCGAGGGCGAGAUGUAGGGCAGCCAGUUUCAGCCAAUUCAACAGGAAUAUUGCCUCUUCGCCCAUGAAGGAAAACGAGAAUUCAAAACACACAGCGGUGUGACACGACGCAAACAUCGCGGGGGUGCUUCAGCCGGUUCUAUGGAUUGUCACUCGGGUGACUCAGACCUUGUAUGACUUUGCCUGUGUCUUUCAUGUCCUGGUGUGUGUGAUAUAUGAUGGUGGUAUGAACAAAAACACUUUUGAACAUAAAGUUUUAAUUCACUGAUGUGUGUGUUUGAAUGUGACUGACUGAAUGGAUACGUGUGUGUCGUUUCUACUCGCACUGACUGUUCACCUGAAAGAGUUGUCGUUUUUACUUUUUGGUCAAAAUUGUGAGGCGCACUAGCUUCAUAGCGUAGAGAAGCAAUAAUUAUCAUGUUAGGUUGAACAACUAGCUGUUGCAGGAACCUGGAAGAGACUGGAGAUGAAGAAUACACUAUGAACUCAUAAGCAGUUAACCAACAUGAUCAGACUGAUGGACAUUGUGGCUCCUCAUUAGGGCGGUUUCCUGCUUUCUGUGCUUUAGGGCUAGAUUCCUGCUUUAUGUGCUUAUGGUAUUUAUGUAUUUUUGUUUACAGAAUUUGUAGCAGUUAAAACGUACCACAUUUUCUGUACUCGUUCAUCUUUAGAAUUCAGGAAUGACUUUGAACCUUUUUUUUUUCAGAAUUCACUAAAAUUGUAACUGAUGCAGCUGCUGGUCAUUGUUUCUCUGUACCUUACCCAGAGUUUCAAAGGAUGGGAAAAAAUGCUGAUGUGAAAGAUCAUCUUAUGCCACUCAUUCCAGUCGAAGCUAUUUCUGCAGCUUUCAGCUGACUGUAGAAUAAUUUGCGAAUGCAAAGGAAAAACCAGCUGUUUCACAUACUGAGUCAAGUGGAAACAAUCACGCUGUGUCUCAUAGACAGCUAAACAACAUUAUGAACUACCUGACAGUAUACUUUGACAUUCCUGCAGGUAAGUAAUCAAUCCGGGUUCCUCCUGCUCAAAGCGUAGACCUUAAAGUGGACCUAAUAAGCCCAUUUAGUGGAAUUCUUCAACUUCACACAGAAAAGGCUUCAGGGUUAACUCUGGUUUUUCUGUAUUUUUCCAAGGUAACUGACCUAAAAUGCUACAGUGCAAGAUUAGAUAUCAAUACUUAAGAAAUCACUGCCUACUGACCAAUCAGUUCUCUGGAAAAUGGUGUCCCU